CUGAAAAAAACGCAACCUCCUCAAUCUAACCACCAACGAAAGCAGAUCUCAGGACCUUUUUCACGUUGAUGGCGAAGUAGGAGAAGACAUCAAAUAUACUAGAAAUUCCGAGUUCAUUUCCUGAUAUUUUAAUUGAGACACCGCCAAAUUUGGUUUCUAGUUAAUGGAGGAAGGUAGUAACACCAAGUCGUCAUUGGAGGAGGAGAGAGAAAAUGAGGCGGAUGUAACUGCGCAACAAACCAAAAAAGACGACGUAGACGUCGGAGGUGGUGGCGGAUGGGGAGGGUGGGGUUUCUCACCGUUUUCGUACCUUUCAGAUCUUCAGAAAGCCGCCACGCUUGCCGCCGAGGAGAUCUCCCGCAGUGCUGCUGAGAGCUUUGGUAACGUACAAGAUGUUGCUGAAGAUGAACCUUCUAAAGCGGAGGAUGACGCUAAAGAUUCUGUCACAGAAGGGGAAGAUGGACAAGAGAAGGAAAAGUUGAUGUCUGCUCUGGAUAAGUUGGAGAAGGCUAGUGAAGACACAUUUCUUAGCCAGGGUUUGAAGGUGAUAGAUGGUUCAGUGGAAAACUUUGCAUCAGGAGCUUGGAAGGCACUAGGAAGUGCAUUCAAAGGCGGUUCCAACCUUAUGCAAAAGCUCGAGCAUUCUGCCGUUAGUAUAGCUGAUUCCGUUCAACAUGAUGCAAGUUCUAUUGCUCCAUCUCUUCUAGAGACUGGAAAAGCUUUUACUUUCAAGGGGAUGCAAGUUCUUGAAAACGUGGGUAAGGAGACUAUGGAUUUGCUGAUCUCUGAGACUGGUUUUGAAGUUGAUAAGAAGUCUGAUGGAGUCGAUCAUCAAAGUUACGACAACCAGCUUUAUGAGGAAAUGACAUUUGAUCGUUGUUUUUACAUAUAUGGAGGCCCUGAGCAGUUGGAGGAAUUGGAGGCGUUGUCAAGUCAUUAUGCCUUACUUUUUAACAGAAGAAAAGUGAAGUUGUCAUCAGAGGAGAAAUCAUUGUACGAAGGAAAGGUGAAACAAGUUCAACAAAUUCUUGAUUUAAAGACUGAAACUGAUAUAACAACCGUGCACUCAGACAAAGGAAAGAAAAUAGAAACUAGGGCUGGAGGAAGUGACUCAGAACUUAAGAACUUACAUGAUUCAAGUCUCAGUAAGGCUGCUGACUUGGCUGUGGGGUUUACAAGUGCACUAUCUGGGGUAAGUGCUAAUGACAUUAUUCAAAGGACUACUGGCAGACUGGAAUCUUUGCACUCUGAAGGGGUCCAUAGGUUGUCAGAGAUUUGCUGUUUUGCUGUGUCCCAAUUAUUGUUGUUGGGGAAAUCCAUGAUAUCUGUUGCAAACAAGAAUCAGGAGGAAAAUGUAGAUGAGAAUAUGAUUAAAAUUGAUUGGCCGGAGGAUUCUCUUGAAAAAGCUAAAAUUAUCAGAUCCAAGGCUCAGUCGAUCACCGAGAGCAUGGAAGCUGUUUCCAAUAGCUUCAUUACCGGUAUAUCUGAUGUGACUGAAGCUUACCUAGCUGCCAUGAAAGUUGUUUCAACAACUGAUUCUCAUGAAACUCCUCCAGAAAUGUCAAUUCAAGACAAAGCCAAUGCAUUUUCAGAACAUCUUCGCGCAGAUCAGAGUAUUGCCGUGGAUAAAUUUCAGGACGGCCUUCAAUACUUGUGCUUUGUUACCGUGUCCACUUCCAUGCCCCCCGCUCUCUGAAAAAGCGGGAUAUCAUUUGUAAAUACUUAACUAGAACUCUUCCAAAUUGUUCAAUGGAAAGUACCAUGUCCAAGUCAUUGAGACAUCUUGUGCUACUUUUUGAUUGCACUAGAAUUAGGGGUCAGUGGCGUAGAAAUACAGAAUUCAGAAUUAGAUUUGUUUCGUACUUCGUAUAUGUUACCAUAUGUAAUGCUAUUUUAUGAUUGAAGUUUCUUUGGAAGUUCAAAAAUGGGAUAAAAUCUUGGUUGAGAA